CUUGGAGAUGCUGCUUCUCCUCCUCCUCCUCCUCCUCCUGCUGAUGCUGCUGCUGCCCCUGGACAUCCUCCGGCAGCGGCAGCCCCAGGAUGCCCGGCUGUCCUGGCGUGCUGGCCUCCAGCGCCGUGUGGCAAGGGGGGCCCUGUGCUGGGCAGCUGCCUGGCAGCAGUGGAGACUAGAGCAGAGCACCCAGCGUGCAGGCCGGAGCCAGCAGCAGGCCCUGAGGUGGUGUCUGCAAGGAGCCCAAAGGCCCCGCGGUCCCCUCUGGAGGACCACAGAUACAAACACCUUCCGGAACCAUCUCCCUCUGACCAAGACCAGCCAGGCCCAGGAGGAAGAAAGUGGGGGGCAGCUCCUGCCCCCUAUGUCAACCCAGUACUACGGGGAGGCCUCCCUGCAGGCCACCUUGCUGGGUCUGGCAGCCCUAAGCAAGGCCUACCCAGAAGUGCUGGCUCCGGGAGGCAUUGCCUGUGUGACUCCUACAUCCCCCUGGCCUCGCCCUCUCCCCUGGCCUUGGCAUGCCCUGGGCCAGGUUGUUAGGGCCCCUGGGGCCAAGCACCCUGGGGCCCUCCUGCUAGAGGCACUGAGGUCCCCAGGGCUGCGAGCACUGGAAGCUGGGACAGCCGCCGAACUUCUGGAUGUCUUUUCGGGCCUGGAGGCCGAUGGUGAAGAGCUGGCUGAAGCAAUGGCUGCCGGGAACCCAGGGCCGCCUCUCCCCAGGCGGGCGGCGGAGCUGCGGGAAGCCCUAGAGCUGGGGCCCCGAGGACUGGCGCUCCGACUCUGGCCAAAGCUACAGGUGGUGGUGACUCUGGACGCAGGAGGCCAGGCUGAGGCUGUGGCUGCCCUGGGGGCCUUGUGGUGCCAAGGGCUAGCCUUCUUCUCGCCCGCUUAUGCCGCCUCUGGAGGGGUCGUGGGCCUGAACCUAUGGCCAGAGCAACCCCAUGGGCCCUACCUUCUGCCCCCUGGAGCUCCUUUUAUCGAGCUGCUCCCAGUCAAGGAAGGAGCCCAAGAAGAGGCUGCCUCUACUGUCCUGCUGGCCGAGGCCCAGAAGGGCGAGGAGUACGAGCUGGUGGUGACCAACCACACCGGCCUCACCAGGUGCCGCCUGGGUGACGUGGUACAGGUGGUUGGUGCCUACAAUCAGUGUCCAGUCGUCAGGUUCGUCUGCAGGCUGGGCCAGGCCCUGAAUGUGCGGGGAGAAGACAUUCAAGAGGACGUGUUUUCUGAGGCCCUGGGCCGGGCCGUAGGGCAGUGGCCAGGGGCCAAACUGUUAGACCAUAGCUGUGUGGAGAGCAGCAUUCUGGAUUCCUCCGAGGGCUCUGCUCCCCACUAUGAGGUGUUUGUGGCGCUAAGGGGGCUGAGGAACCUGUCAGAGGAAAAUCGAGACAAGCUUGACCACUGCCUUCAGGAAGUCUCUCCCCGCUACAAGUCUCUGCGGUUCCGGGGCAGCGUGGGCCCUGCCAGAGUUCACCUGGUGGGGCAUGGGGCCUUCAGAGAACUCCGGGCCGCCCUUGCAGCCUGCCCCUCGUCCCCCUUUCCUCCCGAGAUGCCCCGGGUCCUCAGGCACAGGCAUCUGGCCCAGUGUCUGCAGAGGAGGGUGUUGUCCUGAG